UUGCUGGUGUUGGCGAUCCGGCUCAAUCCGCCAGGAACCAGCCCGUCCCCCCACCCCCCACCGCCGCUACGGCCUCGGGCCCGGGGGGCGGGGCUGCAUUUUGCGGCUGAGGCGGAGGCGGAGGGUGACCAUGAUCUGUCUGACCUCUACUUCCCGCAUAGCGACCUUUUGUAAGAAUCGGCGGAUAUUUCUGUCCAAAUCCUUGCUACGAUAUUUGAGCACCUCAACUCCUUGGGGCAUCACAGCAGAGCGGAAUGUGCCCUCCAGCAAGUUUCUCAAACAGGAUACAUCAGCAUCAAGCACCCCAACUAAGCCACUGCCAAAGCAUGCUGAUGUGGUGAUCAUGGGAGGUGGCAGCCUGGGAUGCCACACCUUGUACCAUUUGGCAAAAAUGGGCAUCACCAACGUGGUCCUGCUCGAACGAGACCAGCUGACAUCUGGGACCACAUGGCACACUGCUGGUCUCCUAUGGCAGUUACGGCCCAGUGACACAGAGAUUGAGCUGCUCAAGCACACCAGGGACGUUGUCAGUAAAGACCUUGAGGAGGAGACUGGGUUACACACUGGUUGGAUUGAAAAUGGUGGCCUCUUCAUAGCCUCCAACAAGCAACGACUGGAUGAAUACAAACGCCUCAUGUCGCUGGGAAAAGUCUAUGGGAUUGAGUCAUUUGUGCUGUCCCCGGCAGAAACGAAGGAUCUUUAUCCCUUGAUGAAUGUGAAUGAUCUCUAUGGUACACUCUAUGUGCCCACUGAUGGUACCAUGGACCCAGCCGGAACCUGUUCCACCUUGGCCCGAGCUGCCACAGCUCGAGGUGCAUCGGUGAUUGAGAACUGUCCAGUGACAGGGAUCCAGGUGAAGGUCGAUCAUUACGGGGUCAGGCGGGUCACGGGGGUACAGACUGAUUGUGGAACAAUACAGACUACUUGUGUGAUUAACUGUGCAGGUGUGUGGGCUCGGGCACUGGGGGAAAUGGCAGGAGUCAAUGUCCCACUCAUUGGCAUGCGCCACGCAUAUGUGGUGACAGAGCGAAUUGAAGGAAUCCAGAAUAUGCCAAAUGUUCGGGAUCAUGACAGCUCUGUGUAUCUCCGCCUCCAAGGGGACGCCCUGUCUGUUGGUGGAUAUGAACCAAACCCAAACUUCUGGGAAGAGGUGUCAGAUAAAUUUGCCUUCAGCCUUUUUGACCUGGAUUGGGAUGUUUUCACACAGUUGAUUGAAGGAGCUGUGAACCGUAUCCCUGCUCUGGAGACCACGGGGGUGAAGUCAACCGUGUGUGGCCCAGAGUCAUUCACUGCUGACCACAAGCCCCUGAUGGGAGAGGCUCCUGAACUCCGAGGCUACUACCUGGGAUGUGGAUUCAACAGCGCAGUCGUUUCCAUCAUUCACACCAAUAACAAUCGCUGGAUCCGAGAGCGAAGCCAUGAAUCUUACGCCAAGAAUUAUUCGGUGGUGUUUCCCUACGAUGAGCCCCUCGCGGGUCGGAACAUGAGGCUCGAUCCCCUGCAUCAGGAGCUCCUUCAGCAGGGUUGUGUAUUCCAAGAGCGACAUGGAUGGGAACGACCUGGUUGGUUCAAUCCCAAAGGACCUGCUCCAAUUCUGAAUUAUGAUUAUUACGGAUUUUAUGGAAACAAGCGACAUGAGGAUUACAGAUAUAAUCAGCUGUUGCGUGACGAUUACACCUUUGACUUCCCCCCACACCAUAAUCAGAUUAAAUCCGAGUGUGGAAGUUGCCGAAAUGCUGCAGCUGUGUUUGACAUGUCCUACUUCGGGAAGUUCUACCUACUAGGCCCAGAUGCUAAGAAGGCAGUGGAUUGGCUGUUCACUGCCGAUGUCAGUGCAACAUCAGGUUGCACGGUGAGGGGAGGACUGAAAGUUGGAAUUGGGUUUUCAGCCAGGCUUGGGGAACACUGA